AAUUACACCACCAAAGUACAUCGUUUUUACUUAAAUUUUUAUUAAAAAAAAUCUAGCCAUAAUCAUUUUUUUUAUUUUAUACUAUUUCACAUUCUGCAUACAUAGGAAGCUUGUUUUCUUUAGCACAUUUCCAUAAUUUGGUUAGAACUUUACAAAUUUUGAGUGACGUUUCACACUACAGAACACAUUUCCGUUAGUCUGUCUUUGUUCCACUUUGGCAUUCGCUUGUUUUUCGUAUAAUAUACUUUAGAAAAAUGGCUUUGGAUUCAUAAACUUUGGUUUUAUACAUUUUUAUUAUUGUGAAAAGGUUUCGUGUAAAUAAAAAUGUCGCGUUCUAUUCGUGCUGAAACUCGUAGUCGUGCCAAAGAUGAUGUUAAAAAGGUUAUGAAUGUUAUAGAUCGGGUUAGACAUUGGGAGAAGAAAUGGGUUACAAUUGGUGAUACUACCAUGAAGAUAUACAAAUGGGUGCCUGUAGCAAGCGAAUCCAAAAAAGGGAUAAAGCAUCAUAAAGAAGCGAAUAAAGAAAAUAUGGCACGUAAGAGUGCAGUUGAUAAUUCGAACUCGAACUCAAAUUUUAGUUUAGCGGAAGACUCAAAUACUUGUUUUUCAACUGUGAGUGAUUCGCAAGGUCCAACCGAUUUUUCAUCUUCUCAUAUGACGUUUUCGGAAGAUUCCAAUUCGCAAGGAAGUGAAAUGGCUGUGAAGAGACUGAAGACAGACUGAAUUCAUUAAUUAUAUAUGUAUAACUGUAACUGAUUUUUGGAAGUUGCAUUUUUAUUUUAUGGAAGUAUGAAUUUUGCAACUAAGCUAAGACAGCUAAUAUUACAUCGAAAAUGUUGUAAUCGCGGAAAAUACUCAAUGAAGGAUAUAAAUAUGAAGAGAUUGUCCAUGGGUUUUCGAAGACGUGUAAUAAAUAAUCCUUCAUAAAAUUUCCAAGGUGAUUUGAAAGAACGAAAUAUUGUAACUGAAAGCCUUGGUUUAGUUGCAAAAUGACACAAAUGGUGUAGUUACUUUAAAAUACUUCCUGUUCAAUAAGUAUUGAUCUUUUUACAAAAUUGUAUAUAUUUAAUCACUCUACAAUUCUAAUUUAUUACAUUUUUGAACUAGGUUUUGUAUUAUGUAACAGGUCAGAAAUUAAAAAAUAUGAAAGUAUAUAUGAAAAA